UGUUCCUGCACAGGAGCUGACUGUCGGCUGGUUUCCACGCGUAAAGCCUGGCGUGUGAUAGGCAAAUCGGGUAUUUCUGCUUCAAUCAAGCUGAUUUAGCCUCUAAUGAAAAAUGUGUUCAUAGCUCCGGAGUCAUUCCCCGUCAUGACCUCACCGGGCCGCCCCUCCAGUUGAAUGGGAUCCCUCAUCGCCCGCCUGUCGCUCGUUUUGGCACCGACCGUCUCUGCUGCUGUCACCGCCACUCCAAAGCCCCGAUUUUAAGGAUCUGCGAGCUUGUUGGGUUUCUCUAAUCAGUUCAUUAAUGGUUUGAUGCGAAAUCCGCCUGUGUGAUCGGCAGAAGAGAGACAACGCCAAAUCUCCAGCAGCCUGCGCGUCAGGGCCUUGGCCAUGGGGGUAUCCAAGAGUAAGCCCAAGGAUGUAGGCCAGCGAACCCGCAGCCUCGAUGCCAACCUCAGCUCCGGGGGAGGGGCUGGCGGCCACCACCUCAACUCAAAUCAACAGUCCUUAACACCCAAUCGUAGCCCUACUGUGGAUGGAGGUCUCGGUGGCAAUCCAUCUAUGACCAAUAAUGCAGAGCUGGCCCUGUUUGGAGGCGUGGACAAUAAUAGUGUCACCUCUCCCAACAGACUCACACUAGCAGGAGGCGUGACAACCUUUGUGGCAUUGUAUGACUAUGAGUCUAGAACGGCCUCAGAUCUGUCUUUCAGGAAGGGUGAACGCCUCCAGAUAGUCAACAACACGAGGAAGGUGAACUGCAGAGAAGGGGACUGGUGGCUGGCGCGCUCCCUGACCACUGGAGAGAGCGGUUAUAUCCCCAGCAAUUAUGUGGCUCCAUCUGACUCCAUCCAGGCAGAAGAGUGGUACUUUGGCAAAAUCACUCGCCGCGACUCAGAGAGGCUGCUGCUGAGUUUAGAGAACAGGAGAGGGACUUUCCUGGUGCGAGAGAGUGAAACCACCAAAGGUGCCUACUGUCUGUCUGUAUUGGACUAUGACAACACCAAAGGGCUGAAUGUGAAGCAUUACAAGAUCAGGAAGCUGGACAGCGGAGGCUUCUACAUCACAUCACGCACACAGUUCAGCAUCCUGCAGCAGCUUGUCAAUCACUAUCGCAAGCAUGCUGAUGGGCUGUGUCACACUCUAACAGACAUUUGUCCUGUACUGAAGCCUCAGACUCAGGGCUUAGCCAAGGAUGCCUGGGAGAUCCCGAGAGAGUCCCUCAAGCUUGACCUCAAGCUUGGACAGGGCUGCUUUGGAGAGGUCUGGAUGGGAACAUGGAACGGUACAACACGGGUGGCAAUAAAGACUUUGAAGCCCGGCACAAUGUCCCCUGAGGCCUUCCUCCAGGAAGCUCAGGUCAUGAAGAAACUGAGACAUGAAAAGCUUGUUCAGCUCUAUGCUGUGGUGUCUGAGGAACCGAUCUACAUCGUCACAGAGUAUAUGGGACAAGGUAGCUUACUGGAUUUCCUGAAAGGUGACAUGGGCAAAAUGCUCCGCCUCCCCCAACUGGUGGAUAUGGCCUCCCAGAUUGCUUCAGGGAUGGCUUAUGUGGAGAGGAUGAACUAUGUGCACAGAGACCUCAGAGCUGCUAACAUCCUGGUGGGAGAUAACCUGGUUUGCAAAGUGGCUGACUUUGGUCUGGCUCGCCUCAUAGAGGAUAAUGAAUAUACUGCCAGGCAAGGAGCCAAGUUUCCCAUCAAGUGGACGGCUCCUGAGGCUGCUCUGUACGGCCGCUUCACCAUUAAAUCUGAUGUCUGGUCAUUUGGGGUUCUGCUGACUGAACUGGCCACUAAGGGCAGAGUGCCCUAUCCAGGUAUGGUGAACCGGGAGGUGUUAGACCAGGUGGAGCGUGGUUACAGGAUGCCUUGCCCUGCAGAGUGCCCUGAAUCCCUGCAUGACCUGAUGCUGACCUGCUGGAGAAAAGAACCCGAGGAGAGGCCCACCUUUGAGUACCUGCAGGGCUUCCUGGAGGAUUACUUCACCUCCACGGAGCCUCAGUACCAGCCAGGAGAGAACCUGUAACUGGGCUGAACGUGGAAAUGUGCAUGCCUCAUGCAUGUGCAAAACUGAGCAUGUGCAUCUACUUCAGAGUGCAUGGACG